GGUGUUGUGUAUGUUCCUGGAAACAUGGCGGCCAGCUUCCGCGGCCGUCCUAUCCGGAGUCUUCGGAUGCGAGGUCGGAAUGACAGCGGGGAGGAGAACGUACCGCUGGAUCUGAGCAGAGAACCAUCAGAAAACUUCCGUGAAAUCCUUCAAAAUGUGGCCAAACCGCACGGAGUCAGUAACAUGCGAAAACUGGGCCACCUGAACAACUUCAUAAAGCUGCUGUGCAGCAUUGGCCACCGUGAGGAAAAUUUUGGGUUUACAUAUGAAGAAAUCAUCAUUUGUCUGCGACUAGCUCUCCUUAAUGAAGCUAAAGAAGUGCGUGCUGCGGGGUUGCGGGCGCUUCGCUACCUCAUCAGAGAUACCAGCGUACUGCAGAAGGUCCUCAGACUACAGGUGGAUUACUUGAUAGCCAGAUGCAUUGACAUCCAGCAGAGUAAUGAGGGUGAGAGGACUCAGGCUCUACGACUUGUCCGAAAGAUCAUCACUGUCAAUGCAAUGCUCUUCCCCACGUCUAUUGCAAACUCUUUAAUUGCUGUGGGGACCGACGGCCUGCAGGAGAGAGACCGCAUGGUGCGCGCCGCCAUCGCCAUCGUUUGCGAGCUAGCCCUGAAGAACCCAGAGGUGGUGGCCAAACGGGGAGGCCUCAGCACCAUCCUUAAGAGUGUGAUAGACUGUCAACUAAGUCGCAUCAACGAAGCACUUAUCACCACUAUCCUCCACUUACUCAACCACCCACGCACCCGCCAGUAUGUGCGUGUUGACGUCGAGUUGGAGCAAAUCCUCGCGCCUUUCACUGAUUUUCACUACCGUCACAACGCAGACACGGCUGAGGGGCAACUCAAGGAAGACAGAGAAGCCCGUUUUUUGUCCAGCCGAAUGGCUAUAGUGGCUGCUUUCCGCUCCUGGUCUGGAAUUAUCAACCUAUGCAAGGCUGGAAAUUCUGGAAUCCAGUCUUUAAUUGGCUUACUUUGCAUACCAAAUAUGGAAGUUAGGAAAGGCUUGUUGGAAGUGUUAUAUGAGAUAUUCAGGCUUCCUGUGCCCAUUGUAACGCAAGACUUCACUGAAGCCCUUCUAAGUGUUGACCCCGCCAGGUUCCAGGACACCUGGAGACUGUCUGACGGGUUUGUUGCUGCCGAGGCCAAAGUCAUCCUACCCCAUCGGGCCCGCUCUAGGCCUGACCUAAUGGACAACUACCUGGCAUUUGUUCUUUCUGCCUUCAUUUCCAGCGGGCUUUUAGAGGGCCUUGUUGAAGUUGUGACCAGUAGCGAUGACCAGCUUGCUGUCAGGGCCACCAUCCUUCUGGGAGACCUUUUACACAUGGCAAAUACCAUCCUUCCUCAUUCCCAUAGUCACCACUUGCACUGCCUUCCCACUCUCAUCAACAUGGCAGCCUCCUUUGACAUCCCCCAAGAGAAACGACUGCGAGCAAGUGCAGCCGUCAACAAUCUGAAACGUUUCCAUGAGAAGAAGAAGAAAGGUUUGAAACCGCACAGUCUUUAUCUGGACCACAUCAUUCGCAAGUCUGUGUCGUCACAUAACCGCAGAGAUUCACGUGUCCACAAAGACAUCUAUGUCAUUAAGGACACAGAAGAAGCACUGAUGAUGAAUCUGCGAGACAGUCAGAUUCUCAACCACAAGCAGAAUUUGGAGUGGAAUUGGUUGCUUAUUGCCACCAUCCUCAAGUGGCCAAAUGUAAACCUCAGGAACAACAAAGAUGAACAGAUGCACAAGUUUGUUCGGAGGCUGCUGUACUUUUAUAAGCCCAGUAGUAAGUUGUACGCAGGGCUUGCGUUGGAUCACCUAAAGGCCAGACAACUCACUGUGGUUGGCUGUCAGUUUGUUGAGUUCCUCAUGGACUCCGAUGAGGAUGGCCAGGGUUACCUGGAGGACCUGGUGAAGGACAUGGUAUCGUGGCUCUCCUCGUCCUCUGGAAUGAAGCCCGAGCGCUGUCUGCAGAGUAAUGGCCUGCUCACUACACUCAGCCAACACUACUUCCUCUUCCUGGGGACGCUCUCGGCACACCCACAGGGAGUCAAACUACUAGAGAAAUGUGGCCUGUUUCAGUGCCUGCUGAAUCUGUGCUCUGUAAAGAACCAGGAUGCUGUGCUGAAACUCGCUGUAUCCACACUGGACUACAGCAGAGAUGGUCUGGCCAGAGUGAUCCUCUCCAAGAUCCUCACUGCUUCUACUGAUACGUGCAGGCUGUAUGCUACCAAGCACCUCCGCGUGCUGCUGCGUGCAGGCGUGGAGUUCUUCAGUAGCUGGGGCAUGGAGCUGCUGGUCACACAGCUUCACGACCACAACAAAGCUGUGUCCAUGGAGGCCCUGGACAUACUGGAUGAGGCGUGUGAAGACAAGGCCAACCUUCACGCUCUAAUCCAGCUGAAACCAGCUGUGUCCCACCUGGGAGACAAAGGCCUCUUACUGCUCCUCAGGUUCCUGUCCAUUCCUAAAGGUUUCUCCUACCUCAAUGAGAGGGGCUAUGUCAGCAAACAGCUGGAUAAAUGGCAAAAGGAGUAUAAUCUUAAGUAUGUGGACCAGAUAGAGGAGCAGCUCAAUGAAGCACUAACAACUUACCGCAAACCUGUCGAUGGAGACAACUACGUCAGACGCAGCAACCAAAGGUUACAAAGACCAAACGUCUAUCUCCCUGUGCACUUGUAUGGUCAGCUGGUUCACGAUAAGACAGGCUGUCAUUUAUUAGAGGCUCAGAGUGUAGUGCCUGACCUUAGCUACACGAUUCGCUCCCCGAUGCUGGACACCUGGGAGGGCAUCAAACAGCUCAAAGCUGCUCUCUGGGCACUAGGCAACAUUGGCUCUUCAAACUGGGGUCUGAAUCUCCUGCAGGAGGAGAACGUCAUUCCUGAUAUUCUUGCAUUGGCUCAGCACUGUGAGGUGCUGUCAGUGCGAGGGACAUGUGUGUAUGUGCUGGGUGUGAUCACCAAGACCAAGCAGGGCUGUGAGGUGCUAAAACAGUUCGGUUGGGAUGCAGUCAGACACAGUCGCAGGACGCUGUGGCCCGUCACUCCAGACGAAGUGGACACACAGCUGACCUCUGAACUUUCUUCAGUACCGAGCACGCUCAGUCUAAACUCGGAGUCCACCAGCUCCCGCCACAACAGCGAGAGCGAGUCUCAACCAAACAUGUACAUCCUGGAUGAUGACAAGUGUGAUGUUCUGGACCAGUCGGAUGAGACUUCUUUAUACUUACACUCCAAACCAGUCAAAGACCGUAGCCCCUUUACAAUACUGGCCUCUACUCGCUUCGUUCGCACUCGCUUCCUGAACUCCCUGUCUCUCCCCAGCAAGAAACUGCGCUCCACCAGUGACCCCAAGACACCAUCGGGCUCCCGAACCCCCACUGAGCUCAAGACUGGGAGUAUGAGGCGGAACAGGACAGUGACAGAGCCCUCUGUCUACAGCCCAAACCAGGGGGACUUUACCCCUAUCUUUAAUGGCCGAGGAAUGCCAAAGAGUCCAACGGUCAGUCUGGAGACAUCAUUUGUUGGGACAAGAGGGGGCUCAGAGGAGCACUUGGUGGAUGGCAGGCUGUCGAAGGGAGGAGGCUCAGGCCUCGGACUUAGUACUCUCGGAGGCCAGGGGGCUGCAGAGCAACAUAGCCGGGAGAGAGAGCAGAGCAGCCGGGAGCGUCUAGCAGGAGAUGGCGGCUCUUCUAGCGGAGGCAAUGUAGGAGGGGGUGGCGGAGGUACUCAGUUUAAAAGCCGCAGUCAGAGCUUUAACACGGACACCACAACGAGCGGCAUCAGCUCCAUGAGCUCCAGUCCCUCUCGGGAAACCGUUGGUAACCCGGAGCAUCCGGAGGCCGAACCAGAUUCCUCUGACUGCGUGAGCCUCAACACAGUAGUGUCUGCCAAGACUGUCAAAACACUCUCAUCCCUCACCCCCCAGUCACAGACUAACCACAUGUCCACGUCCAAGUCCUCCACUGUCUCUCUGGUACCUCCCGGCUCCUCCCACACCCUCCCCCGCCGGGCUCAGUCUCUCAAGUCCCCCUCAGUGACCACCAUAAAAAGCCUGGCUGAUUGUAGCUUCAUGUACACCAGCCCGAGAGACGCGCUGGGCUACGCUACGCUGAAGAGGCUUCAGCAGCAGAGGAUACACCCAUCUUUGUCUCACAGCGAAGCGCUGGCUUCACCUGCCAAAGAUGUGUUGUUCACAGACACCAUCACUAUGAAGAGCGGCAGUCUCGAUUCCAGACUAACUCCCCGCAGGAUAUCAGAUAGGAGGGUUACCUGUCCAGAACCCAGCGCCGUAAGUUCGUACCGCAGGCUGUCCAGAACACUCGUACCGCGCCUCUCCCCCCGGAUCCUCUCAUGCACCUCUCCUCUUGCCCUCCCUAGGUUUCUGAAAGCUCUGAGUUUUGCCUCUUUGGAUAAAGAAGAGCUACUCAGUCCAAUCAACCAAAGCACCCUGCACCGCUGCUCUUCAGUACGCUCCAUGGUCUCCAGCGUCACCUUCGGAUGUAACGACGACUACAUUGGCCUUGCACUGCCGAUGGACAUCCAUGACAUGUUCCACAUCAGAGACUCUGCCUACUUUCAGCAGAGGAUCAGCCCGCCAUCGGAAGAGCGGAAACGUUUUCUUUUCGGUGAUGGCGAUGGUGAUCGUCCUGCCCUCCCAGUGCUGAAGCAGCAGUUUAGUAUCUCAGAGCUGAUUGUGCACCGAGGAGACACCCCGAACCACAUGGUGGGCUCAGAGGAGACGGGCCUGCAGGUUCACACUGAAGAAAACUGCCUCUACUGCGUGGGAGCGAUCGUCCUUGGAUACCCCACCCAACCACUGAUCAAUAGCACACACUCUCGUACAGAUUUUGUCGACUUUCCAUCAUGGGGAGGCCAGAGCGGCCACCGCCUGGAGGUGAUGCCACAGUCAAAAUUUUCUGGGGUGUCAGGCUGCAGUGAUGCUGCUGUGUCACAAGGUUCAGUCUCUGGCACACCUACACCUGGUGACAUUGUCAUUGGUGGCAAGGCGAUAUCCGAGGACGGCCCCGCCUCUCGAGUCUUACUGAGGAAGGAGGUGCUCCGCCUCAUCAUCAACCUUAGCUCCUCCGUAGGAACCAAAGGCCACGAAACAGGACUACUGACGAUAAAAGAGAAGUUUUCAUAUGCGUUUGAUGACAUUUGCCUGUACUCGGAGGUUUCUCAUCUCUUAUCCCACUGUGCAUUUCGCCUGACCUCAAGACGUUUCAUACAAGAACUUUUCCAGGAUGUGCAAUUUAUGCCAAUGUUUGAGGAAGCAGAAGCAAUCCUGACAAAGCAACCAAAACCUGUUGAAGAGGACGCUGACCCUCCUGAAGAAUCCUGAUCAUCCCAUUUCUCCCCCAUCCCUCCUGCUUUCCCUGCACAGCUGCAGACCCGGCUUCUUAUCACCCUGAAAGGAAGACAAAACUGAAAUAAUAUGAGUUAAGGCUCUGAAGAUGGGGUGGGGCAUUUCGAUGUGUUUCUGGUGGAUUUUAACAGCACCACAGCCAAGGAAAAAGAGGAGAUGGUCAUCAGUCACCUUACAUACGAGCUGGAAACAAAGGACGUCAGCAUCUAUAAACAAAUGUAAUCCGACACACCUAA